AUGGAUGACUUAGAGGGCGACGAGACUUCACUGUCUUCACCAUCGACGCCGCUUGCUUCAACAUCGCAGACGCGCCCAGUGAAGAAACCCAAACGCGCUGAGACCCGUCCCUGUCCCAUCUGCUUCGAGCAAAUCCCACUUCGCCUUCUUGCACAACAUGCCGAGCUCGAAUCCGAGCGGCUCCAACCAAUCCUCGCCUCCAUCGGAGACUCGUCGGUUUACGUUGAUCCCCACUCCCAUCUGAACCCGCUCGAAGAGAUGCCAGCCUCUCGCCGUCGCACCGUUCGUCAACCUGCACCCAAACCAUCUACCUCCGCCUCCAAACUACCUCCCACAUCUGUAGCCACUUCUGACCCCGACCCACAUACUAUCAAGACCCUCACCACACUCAAACGCCGCCGCAAACAGCGCACGCAAGCCCUUCGCGACAUCAUCGACGAUACCCUACCCACACACUCCCGACGGAGGCCACGACGUAGAGACGGGGCCGAUGAGGAUGGAAGAGAGGGCGAGGAGUGUCCUGUGUGUAUGAGGAUGGUGUGGGGUGAUCCGGAUGUGGUGCACGCACACGUCGAUGCAUGUCUAGCGCACAACAGUAUGGUGGCGACGAUGACGAUUAGGGAUCCUUCGGCCAGCCAGUCUCAUUCGGGAUCGACUCCGGAGCUAGACGUGGACGUGGAGGAGGACGCGGACGAGAAUCUUGACCUUGGUGGUCCGUCGACUACCGAUGAUUUAUGGGAGGAGACUAUUACGCCUGAAGGACAUACUGGGUUGAGGCUAAGGUUAGGAGGCGUGGGGAGUGCAAGUAGGGGAGCCGCGCAGAGAUUAGGGUUCAUUGUUGGAUCUAAUAGGUCCGAGCCUCUUAGUCGAAGAGGGAUGGGAGGUGUAGGUGACGCCGACGGUGACAUAGACCUAGACGUGGACGUAGACGUUGAUGGAGAUGACGAGGGAGCAUUUGGGACGGUGCAGUUUGGGGAGAACGAUGUGAUCAAACUGACGGUCGGAAGAGUCGGAGGACAAGGCGGCGCAGGGGAAGAGGCAGAUGUGGACGUGGAUGGUGAAGGCGAGGUCGAGGUCGAGGCGGAGAGACCAGAGCAGAAACCCACGCCACAGCAGCAGAUGGAGAUGGAGCUUUCGAGAGCGAAAAUUGCAGGCGAUGCCCAAGCUACGAUCCGAGCCCUCGAAUCAUUAAUCCAACUCAGAACACUUUCCCAUCCAAAUCCAACCUCCACUCCCUCCACGACCCUGCCGUCUUCAACAGCAACGAACCAGUUUACCUGCCGCAUCUGCCUCGACGCCUAUACUGAGCCGACUGUGAGCACAGGCUGUUGGCACGUUUGUUGCAGGGAAUGUUGGCUCCGCUGUUUGGGCAGUACGAAGCUUUGUCCGAUUUGUAUGAGGAUCACAGGUGUGGGGGAGCUGAGGAGGGUGUAUAUAUGAGGGCGGCAGUAUUUCGUGUUUUGCGUCUAUGGUCAGUUGGUUGUGCAGGAGGAUGUUUGAAAGAGAUUGUUUAUAGUUAUCUU